AUGGAGGACAUAGCCCUGGACGACACACCGGAUACUAACAACAACCACAAUGACAGGGGCGGUCACGGAAACGGAAACGGCAAGGGAAAAGCCAGUGACUGGCGAAGAAUAAGCAGCAUGCGCAUAGCAACGGAAGACAACGACCAUCACCGCCUCCUCCGGCUCCAUCACCAGCAACAACAAGAGCAAAAGCAAAAGCAAUCACAAACCCACCCACCAGAACUACCAGCGGACCUCCAAGGCGACGCUCCCAGACAAGAGCUCCGCAACGCGGCUGCCGCGACCUCGGCGGCGAUGACCGCGGACCUCGAGCGCAUCCGGAAGUACCGCCGGCAGCGGUACGGGUCCGCGGGCAGGAUGACGUCGACGACGCAUUCGCCUUCUACUUCGCAAUCACAGGCACAGGCACAGGCAAAGGGGGAGAAGACACCAUCCCAACCCCAGACACAGACACCGGUAAAAGCAGAGACCGAAACAAAGGCAGAGUCAAAGGCAAAAGCAAAGGCAAAGGCAAAGGUAGUAGACUCGGCAGCAAUAGGCGUAGCAGUAGCAGUGCCAGCACCUCAACCACCCAAAUCACCCAAAUCCCCUAAAUCCCCUCCCCCUCCCCCUCCUCCUCCUCCACCGCCCCCGCCCCACUACGCCACUCAUCUACCCAAGCCUACCGCAUCAGCCACCUAG